GGCAUAGUCGCAUCGCGACAGGCAUCUUAUUUUCCUCAGUCUGCAGUGUCGAAAGCAUGGCGUCCCGAGAGCGGGUGGUCAUCGGCGUGGUGGUGGCCGUCUUGAUCAUCAUUGUGUGCAUCGUUGUCGCAAGGCAUGCAUCUAAGCAUCAAUGCUUCGGAAACGCGGCAGUGGCUUCAGACUCUCUGACGUGCUCUGAGAUCGGCAGGGACAUCCUGAAGCAAGGAGGCUCGGCAGUAGAUGGCGCCAUCGCUGCACUGCUCUGCAUUUAUCUGGUGAACCCACACAGUGCAGGCUUGGGCGGAGGGGCUGUAUUCACCAUCAUGGAGAAGACAGGCAAGGUCAAGAUCGUUAAUUCUAGGGAGACGGUACCUGCGGAGUUAAAACCUGAUCUGAUGAAGGAUUGCUCAAAGGGCUCACAAGGCAGUCAGUGGAUAGGCGUGCCGGGGGAGAUCCGUGCCUUUGAACAGGCUCACAAUCUGUAUGGGAAGCUGCCAUGGGCUAAGCUGUUUGAGCCUGCCAUCAGACUGGCCCAAGACGGGGUUCCUGUGUCCGCCUACCUUGCAAAACUCCUCCAGAGGGACGAUAUUAAACAGCGAGUGGAAGGAUCCCACCUAUGUGACAUUCUCUGCUAUGGGAACAAGACAGUCUUUCGGCAAGGAGCCGUCAUGAGGUUUCCAAAGCUGGCAGAAACCUUUGAGAACAUAGCAAAUUAUGGGGCCAAUGCUUUCUACACGGGCAGAAUCGCGCGUGACUUGAUCCAGGAGAUAAAAGAAGCAGGGGGAACAUUAACAAUGGAAGAUCUGAGGUCCUUUCAGGCAAAAGUGACUGAUGCAUGGACAGUUCCAAUAGACGACUAUGUCAUGCACUUCCCACCACCGCCAACAGGGGGGGCUAUUCUUGCCUUUCUCCUGAACAUCAUGAAAGGGUACAAACUCAGCCCUUCUUCCCUUGAGGGUGACCAGAAAGCACUAACCUAUCACCGCUACAUCGAAGCCCUCAAAUUCGCAAAUGCUCAACGGAAGAAGACUGGUGACCCUGACUUCAAUCCUGGAGAUGAAGCCGCUCAUUUGAUUGAAGAGGCGUUUGCAGAUCGAGUGAGGGCCAUGAUCAGCGACAGCAGAACCUACAACCCCAACUACUACAAUGUCACCCCUUCCUUGGACCGCUUCGGUACCACCCAUGUGUCAGUUUUGGCUGCCGAUGGCUCUGCGGUAUCAGUCACCAGCACCAUCAAUGACAAGUUCGGCUCUGGUGUGUACUCAUACAGAACAGGGGUGAUCCUCAACAACGAAAUCGCUGAUUUCUGUGGGAUCAAGGACAACCUGAACACCAGAGAACAGCCUCCUUCCUCAAUGGCCCCGUCGAUACUCUACUCAAAGGCUAAGAGUAGGACAAUGGUUAUUGGAGCAUCAGGAGGCACCAUGAUCACCACAGGAAUAGCCAUGGCCCUGAUGAACCACCUGUGGUUUGGGAUGGACCUCAAAGAUGCCAUCGCUGCUCCUGUGCUGUUUGUGAGACAGAACACUACAGAAGAAUAUGAGCAGGGUUUUGAUGAGACCGUCCUGCAGGAGCUGAAAACCUUCGGACACCAUAGCCAAGAGCUGGCGACAGUCCGCAAUGUGGUCAAUGCUGUGGUUAUGGAAGGCACCUGCAUAGUAGCCCAGUCGGAUGCCAGAAGGAUGGCGGAAGCUGCGGGCUACUGACCCAGCCAGGCAUGACCAAGACCAUAAACUCCAGGAAGACCAUCCAGGGGAACUUAAUGCCAGACCAUUGCAUGCCAGAAACACUGAGAAACACUUGACAGAUUGAUACAUAUCUCUCCUGCCCUUGGUUGUAUGGGUAGACUUUGCAUGUCUAUGGCGUGUUUGCAUGAGCUCCAGCCCACUCUACAAAAACAUGCAUUUAAACUGUAUCGGUGUCUCAAAAUUAAUUUUCUUUGCAUAUAAUGCUUGACACACUGCCAUUCCUAGCCCUUAAAGUAGAGGUACACUUAGCAAAGGUAUAGAUUAAUCCUUGAACAAAAAGACCAAGAACAGAGUGUACUGUCCUGAUCUAUUACUAAUUUCUCAUCUGUUCUACAGUUUUAUUGAUCUGUGUGUUAGAGAUGCGAGUUUUGUUUCCUAUUCAGGGGAAAGGCCUCCAUCUUUAAUGGCCUCAUCUACACUCAAUUUGAUGUUGAACUUACCACAAAAUGUCUGUACCUGAAAUCACUUUCAUAAAAAUCUCAUAGAAACA